AUGGGCGACACCGAGAUUGCGAAUCUGGCGAAGACCGUAAAUGCAACGUCGGCCAGCACCGGGGCAAUCCAGAUAGGCGACCAGCAAACAGCGGAUGAAAUCGAUACUGCUCGAAAUCUAGAGCUGGAUGUCGUCAAAUCCGAACAACAGCAGACGAAAACAGCGGAUGAAGUUCAUACUGCUCAAAGCCUAGAGCUCGAUGGCGUUAAUUCCGAACAGGAGCAGACGACUUUGCCACCUCAGAAGGCUGAACUUGUGGAAACCACGGAACCGCCAUACACUGUCCUGGAAGAAUGGAGGAAAGUCUCGAUCAUCAUUACUGCUUCUUUUUUGGGCCUGGUGUCGCCCAUCUCUUCAAGCACGUAUUUGCCUUCCAUCAACCAAAUCUCAGGUGAUCUUCACAAAUCAAUACCUCUCAUCAACUUGACCGUCACAACGUACAUGAUAUUUCAAGGAAUCGCCCCAUCUUUUGUCGGAUCCAUCUCCGACGCCAAAGGACGAAGACCGGCCUACAUAUGUUGCCUCGGCAUCUACCUGGCAGCAAACAUAGGUCUGGCUCUCCAAAGCAACUAUGUAGCGUUGUUGGUGCUGCGGUGCGUGCAGAGCUCGGGAAGCAGCGGCACUAUUGCCCUUGCCAGCGCUCUCGUAGCUGAUAUCACUACCCGAGCCGAACGAGGGAAAUAUAUCGGAUAUGCCACGAUGGGUGUGACCCUCGGACCGGCGAUCGGGCCUAUAAUAGGAGGAGCCGUUGCAUCAAACCUUGGUUGGCACUGGAUCUUCUGGGUUUUGUCCAUUCUGGGGGCGACUUUACUUCUGGUGGUCGUUUUGUUACUGCCGGAAACCUGUCGAAGCGUGGUCGGCAAUGGUAGUAUACCCCCGCCCAAAUGGAAUCGUCCGCUCUUCCACGGUAAAGGUCAAUCCUCUCCUCCAAUUCUCACGACCUUGACGCCAAAACGCCAUCGACCGGGUCCAAUGCAAUCUCUUGAGCUCAUUUGUCAUAAAGAAGCCGCCAUUAUCCUCCUGUAUAGCGGACUCAUGUAUGCAGGUUAUUUCCUGGUACUAAGCACGCUGACAUCCCAGCUUGCUGAACGCUAUAGCUUGAGGCCGCACAAGAUAGGAUUGUGCUACCUUCCUAUCGGCAUAGGCAGCCUAACAUCACGCUGGACACUGGGCAUCCUUCUGGACCGGAAUUUCAGACGAAUCGCCGCAAUAGAGGGCAUUCCCAUUGUGAAGAACAAGCAACAAGACAUCGACACAUUUCCCAUUGAAAAAGCCCGCCUGCAGGUCUCUCUACCCUUCGUGGGCAUGGCGUGUUUAUCCAUCCUGGCAUACGGCUGGGUCAUGGAGAAUAAGAUCGACCUUGCCGGUCCCCUUGUCGCGCUAUUCUUCCUUGGCCACUUCGUCACGGGCAGUUUCAGUUCACUGAACACCCUAAUGGUUGACCUGCACUUCCAAAGUCCGGCGACGGCGACGGCGUCCAGUAACCUUGUCCGCUGUCUCCUCGGUGCCGGCGCCACAGGCGUGGCAACACCGAUGAUCAAUGCCAUGGGAAUCGGCUGGACGGGGACUUUCGUCGCGGCAGUGUUGCUAAGCCUAUCGCCCUUCUUGUGGCUUGUGUACAUAAAUGGCUGGGCGUGGCGACGCCCGAACAUCGAGCGAAAGCGCCACCGAGAGGAACGAGCAAGAGCGCGACUUCAACCCAGCUCGACCAAGUAG